AUGGCCAACUCAUCAGCUACCAAGCAUGCUUUCAAGAGUAUAUUGGCCAGCCUCCCUAAGCCUGGCGGUGGUGAAUACGGCAAGUUCUUCAGCCUUCCUGCACUAAAUGAUCCAAGGAUUGAUAGGCUUCCCUACUCUAUACGUGUUCUCCUGGAAUCAGCUAUCCGCCAUUGUGAUAACUUCCAAGUUACAGAGAGUGAUGUCGAGAAAAUCAUUGAUUGGGAGAACACAUCUCCAAAGCUGGCUGAGAUACCUUUCAAGCCAGCGAGAUGCAUUCUAAUGGACAACACUGGAGUCCCAGCAGUUGUAGACCUUGCAGCUAUGCGUGAUAUGAUGCCAAAGUUGGGUUGUGAUCCCUACAAGAUCAAUCCAUUGAUUCCGGUGGAUGCUGUUAUUGACCAUGCGGUGCGAGUGGAUGUAGCAGGGACAUGUGAUGCAUUGGAUAGAAAUGAAGAGCUGGAGUUCCAGCGCAACAAAGAAAGGUUUGCUUUUCUUAAAUGGGCAUCCAGUGCUUUCCACAACAUGCAGGUUUUCCCCCCUGGUUCUGGCACUGUACACCAGGUAAAUAUUGAGUAUCUUGCCCGAGUUGUCUUCAACGAAGAUGGCAUUCUGUACUUCGACAGUGUGGUUGGCACAGACUCACACACCACUAUGGCUAAUAGUCUUGGAGUUGCUGGUUGGGGAGUAGGUGGUAUUGAAGCGGUUGUUGCAAUGCUUGGACAGCCAAUGGGCAUGGUUUUGCCUGGUGUGGUUGGAUUCAAGUUGAGUGGGAAGUUACGGGAUGGUGUCACUACUACUGACCUUGUUCUUACUAUGACCCAAAUGCUAAGGAAGCACGGUGCUAUUGGCAAAUUCGUUGAAUUCUAUGGUGUUGGUGUGGGCGAGCUAUCUUUGCCUGCCAGGGCCACAAUCGCCAACAUGUCUCCAGAAUAUGGAGCUACCAUGGGCUUCUUCCCUGUAGACAAAGUAGCAUUGGACUAUCUCAAAUUGACAGGCCGAAGCGAUGAAACUGUGUCGAUGAUUGAAGCAUACCUGCGAGCUAACAAGAUGUUUGUGGAGCACCAUGAGCCUGAGACAGAACGAGUUUACUCUUCACAUCUGGAGCUGGACCUUAGUGAGGUGGAGCCUUGUGUUUCAGGCCCCAAAAGGCCUCAUGAUCGUGUCCCUUUGAAGGAAAUGAAGUCAGACUGGCAUGCUUGCCUGGACAACGAAGUUGGUUUCAAGGGCUAUGCAGUGCCAAAGGAACAGCAGGGUAAAGUUGUGAAAUUCGACUUCCAUGGACAGCCAGCUGAAAUCAAGCAUGGCAGUGUUGUUCUUGCAGCAAUAUGUAGCUCCACAAACACAUCGAAUCCCAGCGUCAUGAUUGGUGCUGGCCUUGUGGCAAAGAAAGCCUGCGAAUUGGGACUUGAGGUGAAGCCAUGGGUAAAGACAAGCCUUACCCCUGGAUCUGUGGUUGCUACUGAGUACUUGAAACAUAGUGGCCUUCAAGAUUAUCUGAACCAGCAAGGUUUCCAUGUCGCUGCGCAUGGCUGUGCCACAUGCGUCGGCAACUCUGGCGACCUGGAUGAAUCUGUAUCAGCUGCUAUCACAGAAAAUGAUAUCGUUGCUGCUGCUGUGCUGUCGGCCAACCGAAACUUUGAAGGCCGCGUGAAUCCUCUCACUCGGGCUAACUACCUCGCCUCGCCGCCUCUUGUUGUUGCCUAUGCUCUUGCCGGCACUGUUGACAUGGACUUUGAGAAAGAGCCUAUUGGAGUUGGAAAGGGUGGCAAGGAAGUUUUCUUGAGGGACAUAUGGCCCUCAAACCAAGAAAUCGAUCAGGUUGUUGAUUCCAGCGUGCAGACUCACUUGUUCAAGAAAGUGUACGAGUCCAUCAUGGAACGCAACCAUAGGUGGAACGAGCUGCCGGUUCCAAAGGAGGCGCUGUACCCAUGGGACGACAAGUCCACCUACAUCCGCAAGCCCACAUACCUCGACGGCAUGUCCAUGUCACCACCCAGCCUGCCCAAGGUGACGGAGGCCUACUGCCUGCUCAACCUUGGGGACAGUAUCACCACGGACCACAUCUCCUACUCGGGGAAGAUCCCCGAGGGCACCCCUGCGGCCAAGUAUCUGCUCGAGUAUGGCGUGGAGCCCAAGAACUUCAGCUCCUAUGGUGGCCGCCGUGGGAACAAUGAGAUCGUGAUGAGGGGAGCGUUUGCCAACAUGAGGAUCGUGAACAAGCUUCUUGAUGGCAAGGCUGGUCCCUGGACGAUCCAUGUUCCUACCGGGGAGAAGCUCUAUGUCUUCGAUGCCGCAAUGAAAUACAAGUCGGAAGGUCAUGAUAUGGUCAUUAUCGCUGGUGCUGAGUACGGCAGUGGCAGCUCUCGUGACUCUGCUGCCAAGGGACCAAUGCUACUGGGCGUCAAGUCGGUGAUUGCAAAGAGCUUCGAGCGGAUCCACCGGAGCAACUUGGUGGGAAUGGGGAUCAUUCCUCUCUGCUUCAAAGAAGGCGAGGACGCCGAUUCACUUGGCCUCACUGGACACGAGCGCUACACCAUCCACCUCCUUACCAGCAUCUCCGAGAUCAGUCCUGGCCAGGACGUGACAGUCACAACCCACGACGGCAGAUCCUUCACUUGCAUUCUUCGCUUGGACACACAGCUUGAGGUGGCAUACUUCAGCCACGGAGGCAUCCUUCCCUACAUGGUCCGCAACCUGGCAGCACAGAUGAAAUAA